GCUCCCCGCCUCCGCCCAUCCCGACCCUGUUCCCUCCUCGCCGCCACAGCCCACCGCCCGGAGACCCCGAACGCCCGGGUCUCCCGCCGCUAUCCCGAGGCCGGAAGCGGAAGUGCGGCCGGGGAGCAGCCGCGGGUCUGGCACCAGGGCUGCGAGUCCCGUCUUCCCGGCCGGUGCGCGCCGGAACCCGCGUGAGGAGCGGGACUCGAUGCGCCGCGGAGCUCUUGGGUCCGAUCCAGGAGGGAGGGGCUGGGCAGCCCCGGGUCACGCCGACAUCCCCCUGUCCCUCACGCGAGCCCCAGUCCUUCCCUGGGGCCUCAGGCUGUUCCUCAGGUCAGCCUCUAGCUCCGGACACCGCCGUCCCCUACUCCGAAAGCACGGUCCUGUCACCUCCCCUGCGGGCCACUCUACCACCGGCUCCCCCGGACUUCCGGCCACGUCUGGGGACUGUGUGAUUGUCACGUACGGCAUCUAGAGGGUACGGGCCGGGGAUGCUGCUCACUGCCCUCCAAUGCACGGGACCGCCCCCCACUACGGAAACUUAACCGGCCCCAGCCCUACUCCAUCUAGGACCUUAAAAUCCCUGAAGUCCCGAAUCCACUGUGGAAAUUGUUUCAGACCCAGCUGAGUCACUCAUCCGAGGGAUCCCUAAGUGACGAGCCCCAGAAGCUUAAUCCUGCGGAAUGAGCAAGAAAAGCAUCUCUCCAUUUCAAGUUUGUAUUGAAACCAGCCUCAAGGUUCACCUGCCCUCAGGGAUCCGUGGAUUUCUGUGUGAUCAGGGCCCGGCCUGAGCGCGCUGUGCCGACCAGAGGAGGAGCGUCCGGGUUCUUCCGCUGCCCGUUGUCCGGGGAAAUUCCUGUCUGAGUCACAGGAUGGCGGCCGUGGUUCUGCCCCCCACUUGUGCUCAGCCUUCCCUGUACUCAGCCUCUCCUCGGAACGGACGCACGGAGGAGGAAGGGUUGGCUAAGGGCUUCCUGACCGGCUGGUUACCGCACUCGGUGACCUUCGAGGAUGUGGCCGUGGAGUUCACCCAGGAGGAGUGGGCCCUGCUGGACCCUUCUCAGAGAACACUGUACAGAGACGUGAUGCAGGAGAACUGCAGGAACCUGGCCUCGCUCGGAAAUCAAGUUGGUAAGCCUGGUGUGGUCUCCAAAUUGGAACAAAAAGAUAGAGUGGUGACAAAGGAGACUGGAAUUCUCCCAGGCAGCUUUCCAGAUUUGGAGACUCUACUUAGAGCCAAAGGGUUAACUUCUAAGCAGCAUGUUUUCAGACAAGAGCAACACAAAGGUGUAAAAAUGGAAAGAAAUCAUCUCGGAGUGAAAGUCAAUGAAUGUAAUCAGUGCUUUAAAGUCUUCAGCACAAAGUCUAACCUCACUCAGCACAAGAGAAUUCAUACUGGAGAAAAACCCUAUGACUGUAAUCAGUGUGGCAAGUCCUUCAGCAGUAGAUCCUACCUGACCAUUCACAAGAGGAUACACAAUGGGGAGAAGCCCUAUGAAUGCACGGACUGUGGCAAAGCCUUCAAUGAUCCCUCAUCCCUUAGGCUGCACGUGAGAAUUCACACUGGAGAAAAACCCUACGAAUGUAAUCAGUGUUUCCACGUCUUCCGCACUAGGUGUAUCCUCAAAAGGCACAAGGGAGUUCAUACCGGGGAGAAUCAUUAUGAAUGUAAGCAGUGUGGGAAGGCCUUCAGCACAAGGUCCUCCCUUACUGUGCAUCACAGAAUUCAUACGGGGGAGAAACCCUAUGAGUGCCAUGACUGUGGGAAAGCCUUUAGGAAGAGCUCACAUCUGACACAGCAUGUGAGAACUCAUACUGGAGACAAACCCUAUGAGUGUGAUCAGUGUGGAAAAUCCUUCAGCAGUAGCUUUUCUCUUAGUGUGCACAAGAGAAUACAUAAUGGAGAGAAACCUUAUGAAUGUAGUGACUGUGGGAAAGCAUUUAACAAUCUCUCGUCUGUUAAGAAACAUGUGAGAACUCACACUGGAGAGAAACCCUACAAAUGUAGUCAUUGCGGAAAAUCUUUCACCACUAACUCUUACCUUUCUGUGCACAAGAGAAUUCAUAAUAGGUAGAUAGGAAUGCAGUGACUUUGGGAAAGAAUCCAUUAAUUUCUCAACCUCAGACAUCUUGGCAAUUCAUACUGGAUGCAGAAAUUAUCUUUGCAUAACAAAUUAACCCCAAAACGUAGUCCUUUAAAGCAACAAACCUUUAUUAUCUCACAAUUUAUGUAGGUCAGGAGUUCAGAAAUGGAUUAGCUACGUAAUUCUAAUUCUAGCUCUCUCAUGAGAUUGCCAUCAAUAUGUCAACUAGAACUACCAUCAUCUGAAGUCUUUAGGAAUGAAGGGUCCACUUUGAAGGUUGAUUAUUCACAUGCCUGACAAACUAGUGCCAGUUGUUGGCAUGGGACCUGCAGUCCCUCGCCAUGUAGGCCUCUCCACAGUGAUGAGUGUCUUUACAAUAUGGCAGCAGGUUCUCUCCAAAUAAAGUGAUCCAAAAGAGCCAA